GAAGAAUAAGACAUCACCAAGCCAACGAGCAAGAAGCGGCCUUCACAAGUUGCUGUUGUAACUCUCAGAAGACGCUAUUGUACUCCUCUCUAGUGCACGUGACCAAUGAGACAUCCAGCAGCUGAUUGGUUGUCAAGAAGAAUGUCCCCUCAGCCACAUGGUGGGACCUCCACUUUGGAGCAGGCAGAGCGACAGCCUAUUAAAGAGGAAGAGGAGGAGCCACAGCCCACCCACAUUAAAGAGGAAGAGGAGCCACGGCCCACCCACAUUAAAGAGGAAGAGGAGCCACAGCCCACCCACAUUAAAGAAGAAGAGGAGGAGCGACAGCCCCCCUAUGUUAAAGAGGAAGAGGAAGAACUCUCCAUCACUCAGGAGGGAGAGCAUCUUCUAGGGCCAGAGGAGGCUGAUCUCACCAGGUUGCCACUGACUGGUGUCUCUGUGAAGACCGAAGACCCUGAAGACAAACCACCUGAGUCCUCACAGCUUCAUCAUAGUCCAAGUGAGGAGAUGAGAGAGGCGGAGCCUUCAUGCAGCAGCUCACUGCAACACAUGACAACAGAAGCUGAUGGAGACCACUGUGGAGGAUCACAAGCAGACAACCUCUUAGCUCCACUGUCAGAUAGUGACGACACAACGUCACACUCUCCUGAAGGUGAAGACAGCGACUUCAACCAAGAAUCUGUGAGCAGCGAUACAGACUGUGAAGGUGAUAUGAUGACUCACACUGGCAACAAACACUCUGAAAGCUCUAAAAAGAAGACAGGUAAACGUUUUAACUGCUCAGUUUGUGAUAAAAGAUUUAAGAGUAAUUUGGCUCGACACAUGAGUACACACACAGGAGAAAAACCUUUUAGUUGCUCAGACUGUGGGAAACACUUCACUCGAAAUACAACCAUGCAAUUACACAUGAGAACACACAGAGGAGAGAAACCUUUUAGUUGCUCAGACUGUGGCAAACACUUCACUCAAAAGACAGCCAUGCAAAGACACAUGAGAACGCACACAGGGGAGAAACCUUUUAGUUGCUCAGACUGUGGGAAAAGCUUCGCUGGAAAGACUAACAUGCAAUUACACAUGAGAACGCACACAGGAGAGAAACCAUUUAGUUGCUCAGAGUGUGGUAAACAUUUCACUCAGAAGACAGCCAUGCAAAGACACAUGAGAACGCACACAGGAGAAAAACCUUUCAGUUGCUCAGACUGUGGUAUACGCUUCAGUCGAAAAACAACCAUGCAAUCACACAUGAGAACGCACACAGGAGAAAAACCUUUUAGUUGCUCAAACUGUGGUAAAGGCUUCACUCUAAAGAAACGCAUGCAGUCACACAUGAGAACACACACAAGGGAAAAACCUUUCAGUUGCUCAGACUGUGGUAAACAUUUCACUCAAAAGACAGUCAUGCAAAGACACAUGAGAAGGCACACAGGAGAAAAACCGUUUUGUUGCUCAGACUGUGGCAAACGCUUCACUCAAAAGACACACAUGCAAUCACACAUGUGAACGCACACAAAAGAAAAACAUUUUGCUUGCUCAAAUUGUGGUGACACAUUUUCUUUGAAGUUUUCUUUGAAAAGACACGUGCAGAGUCACUGAUGGUCUACUGGUUGACUCGCCUGACUUCCAUGCAGUCACUCAGUUGUCAAUGUGUUGCAGUGGUGAUUGGUUUGCGACUGCUAGGGAAGCUCAGCUUCCCAUAAAAUGUAAAAAAAAAAAAAAGUGGUGAAUUAUGUACUGCUGUGUGUACAUUUCAUUUAUUCAACAUGUGCUAGAAUACCUUCAUCUUUUGUUCCGAAUCAGCUGCUUAUCACAGGUAACUGACACGACUUCUUUCUCAUUCAUCUCCGCAGCGCCACGGCGCUUUUACUCAGUCAUUUCCUGUUCCACUACUUCUAGAUUGGGUCUGGAAAGUAGUGAUUUGAUUCCAUUUACCGACUUGAGUUUUUAUGAUUCACUCAUUGGGGUACGGACCGCUUUCAGGGAGGCUUUUGAAGGAUUUGAGUGAGAGUAAAAUAGUAGUUUUCGCUUUUUUUUUUAAAUUUUGCAGUGUUGAUUUCAUUUUGCUCAAACAAUUGUAUGUAAUAAAAGGGAACCAGGAUUUUAUUAUGUUGGUAUUGUUGGAUUACAUAUUGAUGAAAUGUUCCCAAAUAAGUGUAUUGAUCCAAAUAUGUCAGGUAUUUUAUUCUGAUUAUAUCAAUCAAGAAAUUACAAGCAAAUUGACAAAAAUAUAAAAUUUUAGUAGUGGUAUCAAUAUCAGCGAUACUGGCUCUGUACUGAGUAUUGGAUGGAUUGGCUGAUGCUGUAUUUUAUUGUGGACAUUGAA